AUGAAGAAAGCAAAAGCGCCUGGUGGCUCACAAGCGGAUCAAAAUACGCCUGUUGCCGAGCCCAGGAGAUCUGGACGAAUUCAUAAGCCCUCUGCCAAAGCCAUGGAUGUUGAUUGUGGCAACGAGCUAUAUAAACAAAUGAAGAAGAACAACGGUACACGGAGCGAUACUGGACGCAAGGAAAGCACGAGGGAGCCGGAGACGAAUUCCGGGAGUCCCAUAGGUCGAAGCUCUCAAGCCACCAGUAGUAAAGCUGGUACACCAUCAACUCAACGUUCGACACAAGUAGCAUCGAGUGAUAACAUUGCCCCGAAAAGCAAGAUCAUACUCAAGAUGUCGACGCGCAAGAGUCUUGAGAACACCAACGACUCUCAGCAAGACGAUGGUCGCCCGGCCAAAAAGCGAAAGGUGAAGGCCACGCAGUCGAGCAGGUUGGCUGAUGGCCCGUCACAGCAUGAAUACGACGUCAGAUCAAGUAGUCCCGAGCCGCCAGCUGCCACGGAACCAACGAAGAGGACACCAAAGAAGAAAACAGACGCCAGUCCCCGUCAAGAUAUGAGAGAAACGAAAACACAGCAAUCGAGGAAGUCGAGAAGUCCACAGGAGAAAGGGAACACAGACAUUGAAAAAUCGCACAGGACUCUUCGUCCUAGAGCCACCACCUUGAAGGCUGAUAAUUCGGCGUCACCUCAGAAGCGCGGCAUAGAUGACUCAACAGACGCAGACGCUAGGCCUGGCGAGAAACCAAAGAAGUCGUUACCUGGUCUCGAUAAGACAUCCAAGUGUAAGCUUGAGUGCCUUAACGAAGCCGAACUCCUCGCUACGUUUGCGGAAAUCGCGGCAACAACACGCGAUACUGGGGACGAUGAUGCCCAAUUCACCGAACAUCUAAAUGCAGCUAUAACGAAGUACUGCAAAUGUGACGAAAGGCGGGUAGGAAAAGGCAAGGAGGGUAAAGAUGACCCAAAGCCAACUACUGCGAAUAAGGGAGUAUCGAAAGACUCAGAAAAAGCCAAUCCGUCGUCUCCUCCAGUCGACGUCGAAGCGAAGGAGAAGUCCCCAAAGAGAACCCCUAAAAAGGGUGGACCAAGACUCAAGUUAUUGGUUCGUCCACAAGAACCCCAAGAUCCUGCGGUUUGA